AUGAGCAGCCCAGCCCAGCCCGACGCACCCGCGCCAGCCGUGCAACCAACCCCCGCUGCGCCCGCCCCCGCCCCGUCCUCCCCCACCACCAUCACCACCAACUCUGAGCCCGUCGUCACCGAACCCUCACCGGCUCCGCAGCCGCGCCCUCGCGAUCCCAAGGUCGCCCAGCUCAAGGCCCUCUUCCCCGACCUCGAGGACAGCGUGCUCGAGGCCGUCCUCGACGGCACCGCCGGCUCGCUCGACGAGGCCACCGAGCAGCUGCUCAUGAUGAGCGACCCUGACUUCAAGACCGACACGACCCAGCUGUCGCAACUCGAAGCCGACGAGGAGCUCGCCCGCCAACUCGCGCGCGAGGACGAACUCGAGCAGGCGCAGCGCCGCAUCGCCGCUCCGCAGCGCUCGGCCCGCUCGUCGGCCGCACAGCAGCAAGCGCCGUCCGAGCCUCGCCCGCUCGCGUACCAGCCUUACGUCCCCAAGUCGCGCCGUGGCACGGGCGGCGGCGGCGGCGGCGGCGGGCCUGCGUCGCCGAGCUUGUCGAGCUGGGAGCCGCCGGCCGAGCAGGCGAGGGCGCCGAGCGAGGCGCAGCACGGCCAGGGGCAGCAGAGGGACGAGCUGCAGGAGCUCACCGAGCAGUUCAACAAGGUCGCCGACACGGGCAAGCGCAUGUUUGGCAGCUUCCUCAGCAAGGCCAAGGAGCAGAUGAACCGCCUCGACGACGCGAUUGUCCGCUCGGCCUCACCGCCCCCAACGAGCGGCCCGAGCUCGAGCACCACCGCGCCCGCACCGCCACCCAAGCCCGUGCGCACCUCGUCUACCUCGUCCGCCACCACGACCACCACCACCUCCUGGACCGCCCCCUCGCCGCUCCCGCGCCCUCCUCCGCCGCGCAACCUCUCGUCCGAGGGGCCGCCGCCAGUCGUCAUGGUCGACCACACGGGCUUGGCAGGCGGCGAGGACAAGAAGGACGAGCCGGCUGCGACCGCAGCGCCACCAGCGGCGGCAGGCGCAGGUGGUCUCGCGCCACCCGGCGCGUCGUCGUCGUCGUCGACCGACUCGCCCAAGAAGGAUUUCACGUCCAAGAUCCCGGGCCUCCUCCCCCGCCAGUCGUUCUCGCUCCUCGACGCCAAAGCCGGGCCCAGGUCGCCCUCGGCCGAGGACAAGGGCGCGCCCACCUCGACCUCGACCUCGGCCUCAGGCGUCGCAGGGUCGGGCGCGACGCCCGCCGCCACCGGCCUCGCUGCAGACGCCGGCGCCGGCGCCGGUGCGGGACUCGGAGCGAGCGGCGGCGGUGGCGCCCCGAUGGCCUCGCCGCUGUCGGCGCCGAACCACGCGCUCGGCGACGACGACGACGUCGACGAGUCGGACGACGACCUCGAGUACACGCGGUCGCCGUUUGACGAUGACUGAGGGCGACUGCGUGCGAAAGCAGGGGCUGGGACCGAGCGGGAGGAGCGGUGCGAGGGGUCGGUUUUGUCGGGCGGUGAGUAGCGGACCCGCUCGACGAGGCGAUGCAGUUCUGUUCAUAGUCGAGCUUCC